AUCACCGGUACAUUAGCAGAGGGCAGAAUAUUCCAUGGCUUACAAGUGUCUAUCUCGAUCAUUUUAGGUGGGUCCCACGCAACGGCAUUCAUCAAACAAGGACUGGCAGAUCGGAACCAUCAUUUUUAACCAGUUUCGAAGAUGCUCUCGACCGUCGACAGAGCCCGCACCUGAACUAGCCUCUACACCCGCUGGAGAAUCGUCACGUUCGCUCGUUGAAAAGUACUUCGACACAUCUCAUUCAACAUGAGCAACGCAGAACAGCUGCACUCUUCCAGCGAUUGCACUCUUCCUCACAGCCUCCCAGAGACCGUCAUUUCCCGUACCUCGUCCAAGCUCGCUGACGAGAAACAGAUGAACCCAUGGGACGGGUACGAGAACGACGAGGUGCCUGAAAAGGUACAGCCGCGCUUGGUGCGCAACUUGCGCUUGAAGGCGUUUUCAAUCUACCGACGACUGUUCUCCGUGGUCUUCAUCACGAACAUGGGAAUCUUCGUCUCGUAUGCCAUUCGGGGAUACGAUUCGCAGAAGAUCGCGCUAUUGGCAGUUUCGAAUCUCUUCAUUGCGAUCCUCAUGCGACAAGAACUAGUUAUUAAUACACUGUUCGCGGUCGCAUGUGCAGUACCUCAGUCCUGGCCAUUUUGGAUUCGUAAACUUGUCGCGCGGGUGUACCAUAACGGAGGAGUCCAUUCUGGAGCAGCGGUUUCCGGUACCAUCUGGCUCAUUCUUCUCGCCGUUCAAGCUACGAGAGAACUCGUAAACAACAAAGGAACUUCGGUCGCAACAGUCGUACUCACGUACAUUAUUCUAGCAUUCUUGACGAGCAUCGUCAUGUUCGCCCACCCCACUCUCCGUGUGAAGCAUCAUGACGCGUUCGAAUGCGUUCAUCGAUUCAUGGGAUGGACUGCAACAGCACUGGUGUGGGCACAGGUCAUCUUACUCACGAACGAUUACAAAGGCGAGAAGUCCCUUGGCAACGCUCUCAUCCACUCGGCGCCCUUCUGGCUGAUGAUCGUUCUGAGUUGCUCACUAAUCCUUCCGUGGGUGAAACUGCAGAAGGUCCCCGUUCGUAGCGUCGUCCUCUCCGACCAUGCCGUGCAGUUGUUCGUUGACUAUGGCCCACACCCAGUUCCUGGGUCAUUCCAGCGCUUCUCUACGGAUCCAUUAAACGAAUGGCACAGUUUCGCCACGAUCGCGAUCCCUGGAAAGACCGGGUUCUCCAUUAUCAUCUCUCAGGCAGGCGACUGGUCGACGGAGAUGAUCACGAACCCGCCGAAAGAUAUUUGGGUACGAGGAAUGCCGACAUGUGGACUGUUACGGAUCGUACCUCUCUUCCGAAGGGUGUUGUUUGUCGCUACUGGGAGCGGGAUUGCACCGUUCACGCCUCACAUCAUGAGUGGGAAGGUCAACCAUAAGCUGUUCUGGAUGGCACCAAACACACGUGCCACGUUCAGCGAUCCGUUGGUUGAUAUGGUAUUAGAGAAUAGUCCUGGAGCGGUUGUUUAUGAUACGCGGAAGCAUGGGAAGCCGGAUAUCAUUAAGCUCACUCAUCGUCUAGUGGAGGAGUUCAAGCCGGAGUGUGUUUGCGUGAUAUCGAACCAAAAGUUGACGGAAAAGGUUAUUUAUGGUCUUAGGAGCCGGGGAAUGCUCGCGUUUGGAGCUAUAUUUGAUUCUUAAAUUACUUUCAUGUAUCUAAAUUUCUUAUAUUGACUUUAAGUCAAUUGGACAAUUUACGAUCUAGGAAUGUUUCUGGCGAUCACCUUCA